AUGGGGCUUAUAUGGUUUGAUGAAAAACCUGAUUGGCCCGACAUCACAUCGAUCAAAUCGUUUCGAUUAUGGAGGUAUAAGCAUCAUGGUUUGCAAGGCGCCGAAGUCGCUGAAGUUUGUCAACGAGGUCUCGAUUCAAAUGGGAAGAUCAAAACGUGGGGUUGGGCCAGAAAAGUAUACGACUUUUUCGAUCAUUACCAGAAGAAUAAGAAGUUGCAACUCGCGGAUGUUGGCGUGCAAUUUUUACCACCCAAUUCCGGGAUCAAUACAAUAUUGUACGAAUUCGAUGGAUCAGGGGAUUCUGAUCCGUCUUACAUGCCCGAAAAUCGAAUUCAGGCCACAAAGCACGGAUUUUUGCCCCAUAUUCGACGACAAACGUUCGAACAAAUUGGCAAUACGUUACACAUUCAUAAUGCUGAAGCAAGGGCGGCUGGUGUGUAUUUUUGCUACGAUGACACCGCGAUCAAUCUGUUCCGCUAUUUGUAUAUUCUUCACGCAAUGACGCCGAUCAAUCGAGGGAAAAGAAUUCUU